AUGUCUCGUUUGAUUGUAAAGGGCCUUCCUAAGUAUUUUACCGAGCAGAAGCUCAGGGAGCAUUUUUCUAAAAAAGGGGAUGUUACUGAUGUUAAACUCAUGAAGAAAAGAAAUGGUGAAUCAAGAAGAUUUGCAUUUAUAGGCUAUAAAUCAUUUGAAGAUGCAGAAAAGUCUGCCAGAUUUUUCGAUAAAUCAUUCAUAGAUACAGCUAGGAUUGAUGUCGAGUUAGCCAAAACUUUCUCCGAUCCUUCAGUUCCUUUGUCAUUCAAAGAAAAAAGAAGAUUAAACGAUGAAAAGCUUAGAGAACAAGAAGCAAGGUUGGUAGAAGAGCAAGAGAGGAAAAAUAAAAAGCAAAAAACAAAUAAAUCAACUAUUGAUGAAGAAAUCGAAAGCAACCCUAAAUUAAGAGAAUUUAUGGAGGUGAUGAAGCCAUCUCAUCAAGUGAAGUCAUGGGCUAACUUUGAUGUGGCUGAUGGGACAGGGGCUCCUUCUACCCAGAUAUUGGCGGACGAAUUAGCCAGACAAGACGGGAAUGAAUUACCUACGGAAAGUAAUAAACCUAAUGUUUUACAGGCUCCUGAAGGGGAGAGUGAUGAUGAAUAUGAAGACUUUAAACCAACAGAUGCAAACAAAGAGGAAGAAGAGGAGGAAGAAGAAAAAAUGAUGAACUUAAGCGAACUACCAGAAGAGGAGAACAAGUUGGCUAAUGAUGAAAAUGUUACUGAUCUUGAUUGGUUAAAAUUGAGAAGAAGGCGUAUGAAAGAUAAUGAACCAGUAGAAGAUCCACAAGCCCGUGAACUGGUUUCCAAGGAUGAGAUAAAACCUGAAGCAGUUAAAGGAUUACCUGAAAGACACUUGGAGGAACCUCAACAAUCACCAGAAGAAAUAACUAUUGCAAAAAUUUCCGAAACUGGUCGUUUAUUUGUUAGGAAUAUUUUAUACACUUCUACAGAACAAGAAUUCCGCGAACUCUUCGAAACAUACGGACCACUUGAAGAAGUGCAUGUUGCCAUUGAUACCCGUACUGGUAAAUCCAAAGGUUUUGUUUACAUUCAAUUCGUUAAGAAUGAAAAUGCAGUAUCGGCAUAUCAUGCUUUGGAUAAACAAAUUUUUCAAGGUCGUUUAUUGCAUAUUUUACCUGCUGAAAAGAAGAAGGAUCAUAGGCUAGAUGAGUUUGACUUGAAGAAUCUUCCAUUAAAGAAACAACGUGAAUUGAAGAGAAAAGACCAAGCAUCAAAAACACAAUUUAGUUGGAAUUCAUUAUACAUGAAUAGUGACGCUGUAUUAGAUUCGGUUGCGGCAAAGAUGGGCGUUUCAAAAUCACAAUUGAUUGAUGCUCAAAGCUCUAAUUCUGCGGUAAAGCAAGCUUUAGCGGAAGCACAUGUCAUCGGGGAUGUCAGAAAGUAUUUUGAGAAUAAAGGUGUCGAUUUAACUACAUUUGAUAAAAAAGAAAGAGACGAUAAAGUAAUUUUGGUUAAGAAUUUCCCUUAUGGUACAACUAUUGAAGAAAUUGGAGAAUUGUUUUCAGAGUAUGGCCAAUUAAAAAGAAUGUUGAUGCCGCCCGCUGGGACAAUUGCGAUUAUUGAGUUUCGUGAUGCGCCAAGUGCAAGAGCGGCGUUCCAAAAAUUAGCAUAUAGAAGGUUCGGGAAGAGUAUUAUAUAUUUGGAGAAGGGUCCAAAAGAUUUGUUUACUCGUGAACCUUCGUUGGAUGAGAAUAAUGUAAUCUCUGAAAAGCCUGAUGAAAAGGCAGUCGAGGCUAAGGUAACAGCCAAUGAUAUGAUGGGCGAGUCUAAGAUCGAAGAAGAUGAAGAUACAAUUGAUGGUCCUACGGUUUCUAUAUUUGUCAAGAACUUGAAUUUUGCUACUACUUCCCAAAGAUUGACAGAGGCUUUUCAAGCUAUUCCAGGGUUCAUUGUUGCCAAAGUCAAAGUCAAACCAGAUCCAAAAAAAUCAGGAAGCACCCUCAGUAUGGGAUUUGGUUUUGUUGAGUUUAGAACUAAAGAACAAGCAAAUGUGGCUAUUUCAACCAUGAAUGAUUAUGUUUUGGAUGGACACAAAUUACAAUUGAAGUUAUCUCAUAGACAAGGUGGAUCUACUUCCACUUCCUCUAAAAAUGAGAAGUCUAACAAAUCUAAUAAAAUCAUUAUCAAGAAUUUGCCUUUCGAAGCUACAAGAAAGGAUGUGUUGGAAUUAUUCGGUGCCUUUGGUCAAUUGAAGUCCGUUAGAGUACCUAAGAAGUUUGACAAAUCAGCUAGAGGUUUUGCGUUUGUUGAGUUCUCCUUAUUAAAAGAAGCCGAAAAUGCAAUGAACCAAUUAGAAGGUGUCCAUUUACUUGGUAGAAGAUUAGUUAUGCAAUAUGCUGAACAAGAUGCUGGAGACGCUGAAGCCGAAAUAGAUAGAAUGACAAAGAAGGUAAAGAAACAAGUAGCAACUCAACAGUUAGCAUCUGCAAGAUUAGCCGGUAAGGGUAAGAAUAUUGAUUUGGAAGCAGAAUCAGGCGAUGAGUUUGAUAUUGCAGAUUAG